CCUUUACGAGAUACACUCCUCUCUAUUUGUGAUCUCUUCUUGUACAAUGAGUGCGUUUGUCUUCUACAAUCCCAAUGGGUCAGCGAAUCGAUAUUCAAACAAGGAACGUUUUCGUCCGCGCCCCAAUCCUCAAGCUCCUGUGCCUGUUAAUCGAGAUGUCGUUGGCGUUUCGGAACCUACGUCGGACAGCAGCUAUAGUGUGAAGGACACUGCAAACAAAACAAUUCAGACUCUGCCGCCGGAACCCGCAUUCCAGCGAGAGACCAGUUCUUCUACUUCUGCGAUGGGGGACGACUGUUUCGACGAAUCUCAAAUGAGUGACGGCGGCGAUUCUCUUCACAGUCUCUUCUCCGAUUUUACGGAUGAUCGGCUUGAGGAUGCUGAUCGCAAUUCUGUCAACAGACUCCUCGCGCCACUCAAGUAUCUGCCCAAUGCCACCGUAUCUCACGCUGCAACCCAUCACGACGCAAACCCCGCGCCUAGCGAAUUCGGUAGUUUCGGGCAACCUCAGCCAGUCGCUGGCAACGCUCUAUUUGCCGUCGGCUGCAUACAACAUGGCAGCACUGAUCACAUUGAUGCGCGACCGGCUUUUUCAUCGACCUAUAUGCCGCCUAUUUGCAACUUUACGGAAAGUCACUCUGCAACUUUUGCCGAUCCCAUUCACAAUGAUUUGGCUAUGAUGGAUCCUGUCGACAUCACGUACACUGAAGCCGGAACACAGACUGAUCACCCGGCCAUCACACUGAGUGACAGAGAAACGCAGACAGAUCAAUACGGCACGGAAGCAACAAGCAACAAGGAAGGAAGCCCAUCUCCGGUCCUCGUCGAGACUUGUGAAACUCGAGACAAUUCUUACGAGCAGCAUGACGAACACGUAGGCAAUCAGCGACGUGUCAAUGCAACGGAUUCGACCGAAACGAAUCGCCAAAAUAUACCUGAUCUGGUUCCGACCGUCAGCGCCAGCCCCCAUUACCCUGUUACCCGUCCUGUUGUGGAUGUAACCCACCACAAUCAUCCUCUACCAAUACAUGGCUUCUUCACCGUUCAUGGAAACGCCGAUCAACUAGCUUAUACCUUGACCUUCUUUGAACAGAAGACUGAGUCUUUGUCGGAGUCUGCAUAUGGUCGAGCUUCAUCACUGGCACGAAACGACGCAAUUGAACGGUUGUCAGCUGUGCCCGAUCUCACAGUUCAUGGCAACGAUGACGACAAAGACUUGCCCGUGUUUGAUCCCUCUCUCAACACUGACGAGGGGAGCUGGUCACCAUCGAGAAACGAAAGUGUCACACAGGACUGCUACGUGUCCAAGGGUCGGAAGGGUGACCCGUUCUCGUCGGAGGAUGAUGCGCUCCUAGUGCGGUUAAAAGGUAACAACCUGCCGUGGAAGAUGAUCGCUACAUUCUUUCCUGGACGCUCAGAAGGAUCCCUUCAGAAUCGCUUCUGCACGAAAUUGAAACGGAAGCUUUCAGAGAGCGGUCGCGAUCAGAAGCGAGCACGGAUGGCUGGUCUUCAUCACCUAGAUGAAGAUGCUUCUCAGCAACUACAAUGCGAGCUGGAUUGGAUUGCUGGAGACAGGACCAGUCGUAGGUAG